GGUUGUUUUUCACAAAGCUGUUCUUAAAGUGACCUGGCAGCGUGCGGGCCAGCUGCCUUUGUACAGAUAUCGUAGUGUUGGGCGGCUGUCGUUGUCUUCUCAGCAAUUCCGAUGAAGCGUUCGUAGGGGAGACGCUGAUCUGGUUGGCAGGCUCUACGCAGCAGAGGCGUUGUUCAGUGUAACGUGAAGGUCGCGUUUUGUAUGAGACCUUGACUUUUUUUUGUUUUCCUUGCAGUAUAUUUUUAUACACUUCAUUAAAAAUCAUGGUGCUGGGGAAGGUGAAGAGUUUGACAAUAAGCUUUGACUGUCUCAGUAACAGCAAUAUCCCCGUGUAUUCUAGCGGGGACACAGUCUCGGGAAGGAUCAGUUUAGAAGUUACUGGGGAAAUUAGAGUGAAAGCUCUUAAAAUUCAUGCAAGAGGACAUGCAAAAGUACGUUGGAGCGAAUCUAGAAAUGCUGGAUCCAACACUGCCUAUACACAAAAUUACACUGAAGAAGUCGAGUAUUUUAACUAUAAGGACGUUCUAGUCGGGCAUGCAAGAGAUGAUGACAAUUCGGAAGAAGGCCUUCACAUCAUUCAUUCAGGAAGGCACGAAUAUGCAUUCAGCUUUGAGCUUCCACAGAUACCACUUACUACCUCAUUCGAAGGCAGACACGGCAGUGUGCGGUAUUGGGUGAAAGCUGAAUUGCAUAGGCCUUGGCUUCUACCAGUAAAAUUAAAGAAGGAAUUUACAGUCUUUGAACAUAUAGACAUCAACACUCCUUCGUUACUGUCACCCCAAGCAGGCACAAAAGCAAAGACUCUAUGUUGUUGGCUUUGUACCUCAGGCCCAAUAUCUUUAAGUGCGAAAAUUGAAAGAAAGGGCUACACCCCAGGUGAAUCAAUUCAGAUCUUUGCUGAGAUUGAGAAUUGCUCUUCCCGUAUGGUAGUGCCAAAGGCAACCAUUUACCAAACGCAGGCAUUCUAUGCCAAAGGGAAAAUGAAGGAAGUCAGACAGCUUGUUGCCAACCUCCGUGGGGAAUCCUUGUCAUCUGGCAAAACAGAAACCUGGAAUGGCAAACAGUUGAAAAUUCCGCCUGUUUCCCCUUCAAUCCUUGACUGUAGUAUAAUCCGUGUGGAGUAUUCACUGAUGGUAUAUGUUGAUAUUCCAGGAGCUGUGGAUUUGUUCCUUAACUUACCACUGGUCAUUGGUACCAUUCCUCUACAUCCAUUUGGUAGCAGAACAUCAAGUGUAAGCAGCCAGGGUAGCAUGAGCAUGAACUGGCUUGGUCUGACUCUGCCUGAAAGACUAGAAGCACCUCCUAACUAUGCAGAAGUGGUCACAGAGGAAAACAGACAGUCUGGCCUUGCUCCUGUAGCUGCUUUUGAUGAUUUUCAGAGAGCACUGCAAGGACCAUUAUUUGCAUACAUCCAGGAGUUUCGUUUUCUGCCUCCUCCCCUAUAUUCAGAAAUUGAUCCAAACCCAGAUCAGCCCACAGAUGAGAUACCGUCUUGCCCCUCUCGUUGAAGGUAUCCAUAAAAACUGACUUCACUUGGGUUUUGAAUCACACCUUCUGUGUUGAAGAUCAAGGUACCAUAGUGGAGACUUGCUUUUAAAGGAAAUGAUAUUGCUCUUGCCUGUAUGGUGAAUAAAUGAAAAGAACCUGUGAUCAUGCUUUUGACACCUGCAGCACAUCAUAGGACUGUUCCACAUGCUUGAAAACUUGCGUCCCCUUCCAUUAAAUUGUAGCAAAUACUCGGAGCAGCUUUAUUAGCAUGCAGUCAGGUGUUUCAAAACACUCAAACCAUGUUGUAAUGUUGUAAGAGAGGAAUGGCUGCUUUCUAUGAUUCUAUGAAAAUUUGCACAUGCUUAUUACUUAUGUUAUACAGUUAAGUGUCACUACAACUUAUUCUCAUUUGUGAUGGACUGUUGUUACCAAUCCCUCCCCAGUUGUUUGUGAUCUGUACAACAAGGAACAAAUGACAGCUUUACCAAAAAA